AUGGCGGGCCGCACUGCCACGAGCUUUUCCAAAUCGAAGGCCUGCCAAGCUCUCGAGCUGUCUUCCAUGCCGGUAAUCCGACCCCUUCUCGCUCUCCUGCACACUCGUGGAUGGGACGAUGGCGCUGGGGAGAAACACCGUAGACGAGGUGCCUGGACCCUCGUGCAUGGCGCUAAGUCAUACCGACACGACCCCAGAGCGACAUCGUCGGCUCUGGAGUGCGAUCGUGGUGGUGCUCUGAAGGGGGCAUGUGGUGCGUACAUGAACGCUAAAAACACAGAGCGUAGGUUUCUCGGUUGCCGCUGUAUCCAUGUUUGUGAUGGUUUCACCGCAUACAACCCUCCGAAGAUGUCAAGUUCGUCAAGUCAGCCGGCCGAGUUGGCGAUGGUUCGCCAAGGGCUUUAUCGUGACCAGGUAGAGAGUCAGAUUGAUUGCGAUAUACCCUCCGUCGUCAGCAGCCACGGCCCUCUCGGAGGCCACACUGCUCCGGCGAGUUUUUAG